AUGUGGCACGUAAUCGGGAUAACAGUCGUUUUCCUCGUCUCACAAUCUGUCGAAGGGUCUCAAGACGUCUAUCUGAGUAACAAUGAAAAACAGAAGAUGAUUAAUCGGUUGGAUGCGAUGAAAAUGGGACUGUCUCUUGUUCCGCACGAUGCAAUUCCGAAAGGACUGAAAGAAUCGUUGAGGCAUUUGCAAAGAAGAUCGAUUCUAAAAAUGGAUUUUCGUGAUGGUCCGAUAAUGCACCGGCUCAGCUCGAGGAGUCCUGAAUUCGCGAGAUGGGCUUUUUGGCCGGAUAUCGAGAGUGAUAAGAUUAUCAGCUCCAUGGAGCAACAUCGAAAUCACGCUUUGGUCCUUCAGGAAGGCAGAAAUCCUUCGUUCAGUCCCUGGGGUGGUAAACGUGACUCGAGUGCGUAUAAACCAGAUCCAAAAAUAAGAAGACCAGCACGAGUGCCGUUCAACAGUUGGGGUGGCAAACGCGAUGGUGAACAUACAGGUGUCAUUAAGAAGCCAUUCAACAGCUGGGGUGGCAAGAGGUCUUUACUGAUCGGGGAUAUCCUACGUGCACCAACUGGUGAUAUUUCGAGAAAUUCCUGGCGUCAUUCAGUGAUUGAUAAUCCAAAAUUAGUCACUCUUGACCCACACGAUUUUCCGAUGAAUGAUUUUGAUGAAAUGGAGAAAAAGGAAUUCAAGCCUGAGGGCAUGUCCAUCAAUAAUAACAUGCCUAGAGUACCUUUUGGACCUUGGGGUGGACGCAAACGUCAGAGUGACGAAUCAAGCGAGAAUUACAUGUCUGUCUCACCCUCAUCUUCUUAUGUUGAUUCUGAAUAA